AUGUCAAAAAUCGCGGAUCGAAUUAUUUCUAUACCAGAAAAAGUAAAAAUUAAUUUAGGAAAGGGGGUCAUUUCUGCCGAAGGCCCAUUAGGGAAAAGUGAAGAAAUGUCUCUUCCGGCUGAUUUGGAAAUUACUAACCAAGAAAAUAAGUUAAGCACUAAGUCGGUUAAUUCUGCUUUAGCUGGCACUUAUAAUGCUUUAAUUUCUAAUCUAAUCAAGGGAGUGGUAGAAGGCCAUGAAAGUGUGGUUGAAGUAAAGGGAGUGGGAUAUAAAGUAACUUUAAAGGAAAAAAAAUUGGAGUUUUCCUUAGGAAGAUCUCACCUUGACUAUAUAGAAAUUCCUCCUAAAUUAGAGGUAAAGGUAGAGGCUAAUAAGGUAAUCAUCAGAGGAAAGGAUAAGCAAAGAGCCACCAGUUUUGCCGCUGCUAUUCGACAACUUCGUCUCCCUAACGUUUACAAAAGAAACAAAGGCAUUUAUUAUUUAGGUGAAGCCGAAACUAUUAAAAUAAAAGCUAGGAAAGCAACCAACAAGUAA